AAUAUAUCAUAUAUAUUACAAGUGUCAGAUAUCUCAUUAAAACCAUGGAAAAUAGAUCAAAGACAAUGGCAGCACUCAUGGUGGUGGUGAUUAUAGGACUACUGGUUCAAGGAACCGUGGCUCACCCAUGUGGUAGCACGUUUUUUUCAGCAUUGGUGCAACUUAUACCUUGCCGUGCAUCAGUUGCACCUUUUAGCCCCAUUCCACCGAAUGAGGCUUGCUGUAAUGCAAUCAAAGUUCUUGGUCAACCUUGUUUGUGCGUUCUGGUCAACGGCCCUCCUAUUUCUGGUGUCGAUCGUAGCAUGGCCAUGCAACUUCCGGAGAAAUGCAGUGUCAACUUUGAACCAUGUGAGCUCAUGUAG